UGACAAAUUACAUACCUUUACUCAUUGUUUACUGAUUUGACAGAAUGUCGAGUAAAUUGACUGUAUGUGGAGUAUGCAAAUACCGCAACAUCAACAAACCUUCUGUAGUCUGGUGUUCAGAAUGCGACGAAGGACUUUGUGAGGCGUGUAAAGAGCAUCAUGCAGCUUCAAGGGCGACCAGGGAACAUAGUAUUGUUCGAACAUCCGAGUACCAGAAGCUUCCUUCCAAAAUAUUGGAUAUUACUCAAUCUUGUCCAAAGCACAAUGAAAAGUACGUUAUAUUUUGUAAGAAACACGAUUGUCCGUGCUGUAGACGAUGUGUUGUUGAAACGCAUGACGAUUGCAAAGAGUUGAACGCUAUUGAUGACGUCAUUCGAAAUGUUAAAUCAUCAAGCGCAUUCUUGGAAAUGGAACACAUGCUUGCGGAACUUUCAGAAAAUUUACAGACAAUAAGAAAAGAUCGGCAAAACAAUAUUAAAAGUCUGAAGGAGAACAAGACAAAAAUAGAAAAGGAGAUUCAGCAGACACGAGUUUUGAUUAACAAUCAUCUGGAUAAACUGCAGGAAAGUCUGAUGAAAGAGUUGUAUGCCGCUGAGGAAAAGGAAAACAAGAAAAUAAGCCGUUUAUUAUCAUCCAUUCAAGAGAAAGAACGGGAGAUAAUAGAAUGCCAGACCAAUUUAGAUAAUAUAAAACAACAUGCCUCAGACCUGCAGACGUUCUUGGCUAUGAAACACAUUCAACAAGAUGUAACGAACAACGAAAAGUUCAUAGAAACUAUACUGGAAGAAGACAUUAUGAACCAAGUUAGUAUUUCUUUUGAAAGAGAAAAAUCGUUGGAAACUCUACCUUCUGAUCUAAACACGAUGGGAACCAUUAUAUGGGAUACUAGAUCAUGUGAUAUAACACUAACAAACCGAAAGAACCGACAAUCACAGAUAAUGGUACCCAUCACACAUGUUUCUUCUAUUAAUGAUCUAAAACUAAUUUUAAUACAGACCAUGAAAACAAAGGGAACAGAUAUCACUGAUUGCUCCUUACUUCCUGAUGGCAGAAUGAUAUAUUCCGACUACAGUGGCCAAAUAAAUGUGGUGAAAACCGAUGGAUCGUUUGAUUUUACAUUAACGACAGGAUCGAUCACAUCUCAUAUAAACUUCAUAGAGAAGAGUCAAAAACUUGUUGUAACAUCUGGCAUGGACCAGUCUAUCACGAUGAUCGAUAUGAAAAACAGAACUGAGAAAUUGAUUAAAGUCGGGUCGUGGACUUAUGGAAUAGUUCACAGAGAUGGAAAAUUGUUCUAUAAUGCAUUUUCUGGUGGAUUAUGCGCUGUAAGUUUAAAUGACGACUCAGUGACACAGCUUGUAAAAGCUGCCUUGACUCCAAAUAGCAGCAUUGCAAUAUGGUCAGAUCAUCUUUAUUAUAUAAUAGGUGAAUCAGUAACAUGCUGCGACCUUCGAGGGAAAUUCAAAUGGAAUUUAGAACUUUCAGCAUUUCUUCAAGGUGCACGGGGUAUAACAGUAGACAACUACGGACGCGUUUACGUAUCAGGUUUUGUGUCUCACAAUGUCGUUGUCAUUUCACCAGAUGGAAACACACACAAAUUGUUGCUGUCAGAGGAAGAUAGUCUUCAAGGGCCACAAUGUUUGUUCUUUGAUAAAAACAAUAAUAAACUACUAAUUUUUAACACAAGCAGCUUAGCUUUUCUUUAUGAUGUUUUAAAUUGAUGAAUUGAUUCAAUAUACUCUUAUUAAAGGAACUUUAAAAAGCUUUUGAAAAAAUAAUUAAAAAAUAUAUUUGUUUUACAUGUGUUCACCUAUGUUUUAUUUUAGUUCGUUUAUUUUAGAUUCAAGUAAACUGUUUCGUAUUUGGUAUUACGAAAUAGAUAAAUUCAGCCUUUCGUCCUGGAUGUAUUUUGUGUACUUAACGCUCUUGGGUCAUAGUGUAUUGAUAUACAUGUACAUCCAUGUAAAAUGAAGAC